CAUUUAACUCAGCAUAUGAGUUGUAAACCGUCUUCCAGUGGUCCAGUCCAGCGCGGGUCUCCAUCGUUCACUCUGCUCCGAGCUUUUGACGUCUCCAUUUCCCAACAAUUUUACGGAGGGCGCGCGCACAUGCACUCUCUCUCUACCCGCAGGGCUUCAAUGGAGAACAGUGCGGUAGUGGCGUACAGCAAUACGGGGAAUGUAACGAUCUAAUUACGUCUCUUCUCCGGUUAUUUCUUCCAAUGGGAGGGGAGGACGGGAGUCGAAGAGCAAUGUGGUGAGGUAGGUUAGGGUUUCUGCGUUUUGUUCUCUUCUCCCUGUUUUUGGAAAGGAAUGGGAAUCUGCAAUGGGAAAUCUUUGCCGCCACAGAACGGGAGCGGGUCCGCUUCGCCGUCUUUGAAGAGGAAGGAGGAGGACAAGGAGGUGAAGAAUGAGGACGGGGAAAAGAGGGAGAAGGAGACGAAGAAAGAAGCAGCGGUGGAGGAGAAGGGCGGGAGUAAACCGUGGGCUUCACCGUUCUUUCCCUUCUACACUCCCAGCCCCGCGCAUGGUUUCUUCUCGAAGAAAUCACCGUGGAAUGGUAGGGUUUCUGCUAGUUCGACUCCAGGCAGAUUCUUCAAACCAUUCCUGCCUCCGUCACCUGCCAAGCACAUUAGGGCUUUGCUUGCAAGGCGGCACGGGUUGGUGAAGUCCAAUGAGGAUGCGAUUAUUGAUGGGGAGGUUAGCCGUGGUUCUGCAGUGGCAUUGGAUAAGAAUUUUGGGUUCUUGAAGGGGUUUGAGAGCAAGUAUGAGCUAGGGGAGGAGGUGGGAAGGGGGCAUUUCGGCUAUACUUGCUGUGCUAGAUCCAGGAAGGAUGAGCUUAAGGGAGAGUUAGUGGCCGUUAAGAUCAUUCCUAAGGCCAAGAUGACUACUUCCAUAUCUGUAGAGGAUGUAAGAAGAGAGGUGAAGAUUUUGAGGGCUCUGGCAGGGCAUGAAAAUCUUGUCCAAUUUUUUAAUGCAUAUGAAGACAGUGAAAAUGUAUACAUAAUAAUGGAAUUAUGUGAAGGAGGAGAGCUCUUGGAUAGAAUACUUUCAAGGGGAGGUAAAUAUUCUGAAGAGGAUGCAAAAACUGUCAUGGUACAAAUAUUGAAGGUUGUUGCUUUUUGCCAUCUUCAAGGAGUGGUUCAUCGUGAUCUUAAACCGGAGAAUUUCCUUUUUACUUCCAAGGUAGAAAGUUCACAGUUGAAGGCUAUAGAUUUUGGUCUCUCAGACUUUGUGAAGCCAGAUGAGAGGCUUAAUGAUAUUGUUGGAAGUGCAUAUUACGUUGCUCCUGAGGUUUUGCAUCGAUCGUAUGGUACAGAAGCUGACGUGUGGAGCAUUGGUGUGAUUGCCUACAUACUGCUGUGCGGUAGUCGCCCAUUUUGGGCUAGAACUGAGUCUGGUAUUUUUAGAGCAGUUCUGAAAGCUGAUCCAAGUUUCAACGAACCACCUUGGCCUUCGUUGUCUCUUGAAGCAAAAGAUUUUGUUAAACGCUUGUUAAGUAAAGAUCCUCGGAAACGAAUGACGGCUGCACAAGGCUUGAGCCACCCUUGGAUUAGAAGUUUCAAUAAUGUUAGAGUACCACUUGAUAUUCACAUUUUCCGGCUUAUGAAAGUCUACAUGCGGUCAUCUUCCCUGCGCAAGACUGCUUUGAGGGCCCUUUCGAAGACAUUGACCAUGGAUGACCUUGUUUAUCUUAAAGGGCAAUUCAAUCUCUUGGAACCAAAUAAAAAUGGUUGCAUAACUCUUGAAAAUGUCAAGAUGGCAUUAUGCAACCAUGCAAUUAAUGCCAUGAAGGAAUCACGUUUUCAAGACAUACUUGUCUCUUUGAACGCUCUUCAAUAUAGAAGGAUGGAUUUUGAUGAAUUUUGUGCGGCGGCAUUGAGCGUACAUCAGCUUGAAGGUCUUGAUCGAUGGGAGCAGCAUGCUCGCCAAGCUUAUGAUCUUUUUGAGGACGGAAAUCGAGCUAUAGUUAUUGAGGAACUUGCUUCGGAACUUCAUCUGAGUCCUUCAGUCCCUGUACAUGCUGUUCUCCAUGAUUGGAUCCGGCACACCGACGGAAAAUUGAGCUUCCUUGGAUUUCUUAAACUAUUGCACGGUCCUUCGAGCCAUGCCUUCAUUAAGCCGCAUUAGGAAUUCACCACAAAGCUUAAUAGAAGUAACAGUGCUUAAAGCGUGUUCACCAGGUACAAAAUGGUUACAUGCUGCUGCUUAUGUUUGUGUAUUAUUGCUGUUCCAUUUUAAGUUUUCGGUUUUUCAAGUUUAAGAAUCAUCCUGAAGGUGGAGUUAUAAGAAUGUAAAAUGUUGUAGAUGAAUGUAUUCUUUUGUUUGAAUCAGGAUUUAUCUUCAAUUUUUAUGAUUCUCUUCA